ACUGGGAGCCGAACCGGUUAAAAACCAUGUAGGCUAAGCUUGCGCCUUUGUAAUUUAGUACCGAAUAAAAAGUGAAACCGAACAGAAGUGAAGAAACCAACCCCCGUCUUUUUUUGGAAUUCAGUUUUCUUUGGGAGACCACACAUUUGGAGUUACCUUUGGCAAGGACCCGCCCCAACAUUUGGUCCUUCGAGCCGGAUAUAUUUUCAUCGUUCUCCAGCUAAACUGUUCACGAUGGCGCCAACCACGAUCCAGCACGCUCGGCCACGCAUAACCAACGGGUACAGGUGCCGCGUUUGCCGAGGGGUGCACGCACUGAGGAAGUGCCAACGGUUCCUCCGGCUCCCGGCGGUGAAGCGGCUCCGCGCGGUCCUGAUCAACCAGUACUGUGCGAACUGCCUUGCUCACGAGCAUUCCGGACAAUCCUGCCGCAGUAAGGCCAAGUGCCACGUAUGCAGUGGGAAUCACCACACCCUCUUGCACUUCCAAGAGUCCACAACGCCACGCUCGUCACGACCCCAAGGCCGACAGCAGUCACGACCCCAAGGACAACAGCAGCAGAGAGCGGCGUCGACGACGUCGGUGCGCUCAUCAUCGCCGAAGGUGGUCUCCCCGACUCGAAGCCCUGCUACGGGCCCAUCGUGCGCCGCUAUCCUGCAGCGCACGAGUGUGAGCAUCUUGCCAACUGCAUCCAUUUUGGUGGGGUCUGAGGAGAAACGGUUUGACGUCCGAGCUUUGGUGGAUCCUUGCUGCCCCGUGAGUCGCAUUCACGCAUCUUUGGCAAAGGCUCUCAACCUUUCCGUCACCCGCGUAGGCGAUGAGCGGGUGUGCACCACCGAAAUCCGCUCAAAGUCGUCAAAAAUGACCCGACAGCUGCUAAUGCUGGUUGAUGACCAGAUGCAGACCCGAACUCCGGCCAAGCCCCUGGAUCCGAAGGUCCGGGAUGGCUUUCAAGACAUCACUUUGGCUGACGACAGAUGGUUCCACCCUUCCCUAGUGUCUGCUGUUUUGGGAGCCGACGUGUACGCGGAAUUAAUUCUGCCACGUAUCCGCCCGAGUCAAAACGGACUGCCCAUGGCGCAAAGUUCAGCCUUGGGCUGGCUCCUUUCGGGCACUUGCUCCCUGGCUUGAUUCGCCACUCUCCCCAUUGCGAGGGGGGGAGAAUGUUCAUGUCGAACGAGGUUCGCAUCGCUGGUUCGGCAUCACUGGGAGCCGAACCGGUUAAAAACCAUGUAGGCUAAGCUUGCGCCUUUGUAAUUUAGUACCGAAUAAAAAGUGAAACCGAACAGAAGUGAAGAAACCAA